CUUGUUAACAUUUGUGAAUGAUGAAAAUUUAGAUCAAUAAUCUAAAAUUGAUGUCUUAUUUCUCAUAAUUCUGCGAGUUACAAUAUUAAAGAAUAUGAGCAGAUUUAUAAAUCGAGGUCGGCCUUUUAACAGAAAUUAUAAUCAAGGCCCACAAAAUGCCAAUUUUCAAGGUGGAAACAACUACAGCAACACGUAUGGUAAUGACGGCUAUGCUGCAAACGAUGCGUACGGUUACAACUCGGAAGGUUACCCAGAAGCCACUUACUAUGAAAAUCAGAGUUACGAAACUAGCACAGAUUACACUACAGGCAACAUUGAUUAUGCUAACAACGGCAAUGCUGAGUAUUCUGAGGGCUACAGUGAAGGUGCUGAUUAUGAUCAAACAGCAUAUGAUGAAACGGCAGGUUAUGAUCAAACAUCAGGUUACGAUACAGGGAUAGGUUAUGAUGCUGGGACUGGAUAUGAUAAUACUGCUGGGUAUAAUGAUGGUUAUGAUCCUUCGACUACCAAUUAUGAUGGCUAUGAAUAUGAACAACAAGAGCCAGGAGGUUACACUCAAUCAUCAAAUAUAGAUAAUAGUCAUAAUACAACACAAUGGUCUGGAUAUUCAAAUUUUACAAAUAAACCCUCAUUUAGAGGUGGUCCAAGAGGAAUGGGCCAGUUUGGAAACAGAAUGCAAACUAAUAACCCACUGCAAAAUAGACAGCCAAAUAGUAGUACACAAAUGUCUGGACAAUCAGGUUUUCCAGCUCGAGGUAGAGGACAAUUGAAAUCUAAUUCUGCUAGGAGACCAUUUCAAAAGCAGAGAGGAGCACAUAGCUUUGGACAGUUUGGUGAGUCAAUGAAACCUGAACAAAAUGUUAACCUUAAUAGUUCUGGAAAAGGACAGUUUAAUAGAGUAUCAGGUAAUACUGGAAAUACAAACAUUCAAACAAAAUUUCAUUUGGAAAACAAAACUGGAGUUGAAAAGACAGUCAAGUUAGGACAGCCUCAAGAAAAGAAGUCAGAUGAGAAAGUAGUGUUGGAUGCCAAGGAAGGAAAGGAUAAAGAAAAACCAAUGGGAGAACUUCAAGAAAACAAAUUACCUAAUAAAGAGGAAGCAGAUAAAGUAGGAGAAUUAUCUAAGAAAGAGGAAUCACAAAGAAAUGAAAAACAGCAAAAGAAAGAGGAAUUGCCUGGAAAAGUAGAACAGCAAAAGAAAGAAGAAUUGUCUGGAAAAGUAGAACAGCAAAAGAAAGAGGAACUGCCAAAGGAUGAGAAGGAAACCACAGAAGAGACAAAAGAAGGAUCAAAUGAGGAUAAUGAAAGUGAUUCAUCUGAUGAAGAUACUGAUUUCUGUAUAUACUGCAAGUUGAAUUUCAGCACACCAAAGGCGUAUCAUGCCCAUACACGUGGGUUACAACAUACAACUCUAGUUAUGCAGGCUAAAGCAGAGAAAGGAGAUGCCAGAUUCCAGAAAGAAAAGGUAGAGCCCAGUGUACUAGAGGUAAACAUUCCUGAACCUAAGAAACCAGCACCAGUACCAGAUGAGCCAGAGUAUGACUACGAGGAGAACUGGAUGAAUCUUGAUGAAGAUGUUUUAAAAUACAUGCAAGACAACAAAAACCCAGACAGUAGAGAUCUUAACCCUAAUGAAAUCGGCAGAUGUCCUUUGCCAGAUGACUUUGUAUGUCCAUUGUGUAACGUGAAAUGUACAGGAGCAAGUGCUUUCAAGAUGCAUAUUGAAGGCAGGCAACAUAAAAGUAACAUAGAGGCUGCUAAACAGGGUGCAAAGAUCAAGAAGAAAAAGCAAGCAUCAAGUGGUGUCAUGGUACAAACAACAGACCGACCAUCAAAGUUUGCUGAUAUGGUAAAAGACAACCCAGCACCCUUACUGGGUCUAGAGUAUGUGACAGAGUUCCAGAAGACUGACAUAAAGUCCCCAGCAAGAUACGUAUGUAAUAUGUGCGAGUCAAAAUGUGACGGUUCAACAAUUAUUCCACAUGUUAUUGGGCUCAGACAUAGGCUUAAAUACAUGCAAAUAAAGAAUCCACAGAUGUACGAGCAUAUGACAAAGUUUAAUUCAAAGAAAAAGAAAUCGGAGAUGAAUGCAAACCUUGAAGAUUUUGCCAUCCAGAUUGAGAAAGAAUUAGGGCGUUCUGAAGUCAAGAUAAAAGUUGAACUUGAAAACUUUGAUGAUGAAGAUGAAUUGAAGGAAACAAUGAUAAGACAUUCAAAAGCAUUGGCUGUUAAAGUUAAGGAGUUAGAAGAAGGUGUCACUGAUACAUUUGAUGAAGAAUUACCAUCAAUGUCAAAAGUGAAAGAACCCCCGUAUAAGAAGGCAAAGAUGGCAGAAAAUAUUCCAGAGGGAAGGUCAAUGCGGGAAAGCCAUGAGCGAAACAGAGAAGAUCCCUAUGACUAUAAUAGACGACCUGCCUAUGAUGAAGCACGACGGCAACCAUAUGAUGACAGAAGACGACCUCAAUAUGAUGAUGCACGGCGGCCACCAUACGAUGAGGCACGACGGCAAGCAUAUGAUGAUGCACGUCGACCACCAUACGAUGACCCACGUCGGCCAUCUUAUAUGGAUUCACGGCGACCGCCAUAUGAUGAUUCUAGAGACCCGUACUAUAGGAGGAGAUAUCCGGAUGAUUUCAGGGCCUCAUACCGGGACAGAUUUGAUCCAUAUGGUGUUGAUGAUCCCAUGUAUGAAAGGAGAAUGUUAGAUGAACGUAGACGUCUUGAUGGUUUGAUGGGAGAGAGACAUCGGCUAGAUGACCCGUAUGCAGAGCGACGCAGGAUAGAUGACAUCCUAGAACGAAGACGAUACCUUGAUGAACUUGAAAAGUCUCGAGUGACAGAUAUUCUAGAAAGAAGAAAACGCUUACAGGAAACUGAUGUUGACUUCCUUAGACUUCAAAGGUUUAUGGGCAGGGAAGCUGCUCCAGCCAGUAGUAGUCCAAGUCUGAGUACGGAAGAGAAGUCAAGAUUAGAUAGUCAGCUGGCACGUAGAGAAGCUCUACACGCUAACGUAGCCCCGGCUAACACUGUGCCAGCUAACAUCAGGCCAGCUAACAUCAGGCCAGCUAACACUGUGCCAGCUUACACAGUACCUGCUAAUGUGAUACCAGCUACUCAACAACCGGUUAUCCAAGCUAUACAAGACAAAUUAUCGGAACAUAAGAGCAGUAAUCCUAACAUAGCAGCUAGACAAGAACAGGCUGCUGAGGCUCUCAAACAGGAAGCUGCUAAAAAUCCCCAUGUGAAUAUUGCAGAAAUUAUGACUAAUCUGUCAUCAUCAAUGAUAGCAACAGAGGAUGAUGCUGCCAUGGCUCUACAAGUAUCAAAUGCUCUUACUCAGGCACUUUUGAAAUACAGGCUACAGAAUGUUCCUAAAUCAAUGGCAUCCUUGAAAGAGGCAUUUGAGCCAAUGUUAGAGCAGAGACCGGCUGAGCAAAGCAUUCCUGGUCUUGGUGGUUCAAGUACAACAUCAAGUAGUGUUCCGUCGUUCUUGCGUUCUUCUACAGAUAGUGUCAGAAGUCCAUUACAAGUGGCGUCCAACAGUAAUACACCUGUAUACCAGGCUUCAGUGUCAGCAACUGUACCAAACACAAGUAGUAAUCUACCUUAUUCCCAGCAGCAAAGUUAUCCUACUGCAUCGCAGCAUCAACAAUACACUUCUUAUACAGGCACUUCACAACCUGUCACAUCAAACACAGGUCUUCAAUCUUACCCUGCAGCAAGUUAUGCAUCUGUUUCAGCAGUAUCUAACAGAGCAACGUCAAGUAUAUCGUCAGCCCCAGUUGGUGUUCCUGCCCCUCCACAUGUAUUAACAGCUGGUCAAAGUCAGAAGAAACCUGUGCCGAAUACAGCAAAUAUUGAUCAACCACAGAAACUGUUAUUAGAAUCAAUUAGACAACAGACAGAACUGUUAAAGAAGAAAAUUCAGGCAGCAACUGUCAGUCAAGCUAGUCGUUCUUCAGUCAAUGUUCAAAGUACGGAUCAACAUGUACCUGCAUCAACUAGUACCUCCUUUUAUCCUAAUCCAUAUACAAAUUAUGCUACAUCAUCAGCCAGUCAGGCUACUUCAUUGGCAGGUCAUGUGACUUCAUCAGCCAGUCAGUCUGGCUCACAUUCUGGUCAUGUGACUUCAUCAGCCAAUCCAGUACCAGCAAGUCAGUACAGCUCUCAAUAUUAUCAAUAUAACUAUCACUCGGCUCCACCAAAUGCAGCACCUCAGACUGUGUCUCAGGUGCAGCCUCCGGUGCCUGUUCCUCAGGUUCAGCCACCUUUACCCACUGAACCUGCCCCACCGCUUCCAACAAAUGACCUCCCACCUUUGAGACGGAAACACUACAGAUAAAGUAUGGCAUCAUCACUGUUCAGUGUAAAUAUCCAUAAAACAAUUUAAUAUUGUUUAUGAUACUGUUAUUAAAAUAAUUCAGGGCAGAUGGAACUGUCAGUGAUAGAAGAAAAAGGUGUAAAUUUCAUUCUAAGACUGAAAACAAAACAUGAUCAUACUUAUCAUUUUUAAGUCUUAGUAAAGUAAUAAAUAUCUUGAGAGUUAUAUAUAUAUAUAUAUAUUUAGAUUUAUAUUUUUAACUAUCAAAAGAGUUCAUUUUGUAUAUACCUUUUUGUGAAUAUUGACUGUUAUUCUU